AUGUGGAUUAUUGCAGUGACGUUAUUAGCGACAAUUUCUGGUUUUGCUACUAAGGAUGACUGGUCAUACGACUAUGAAAACGAAUGGCCUGGCCAAUGUACAACCGGCACGCAACAGUCUCCAAUAAACAUUAUGAGCGGGGACGCUGUGAUUGACAAACUAGGAGUACACAUCCAAGGACCGCUCGUGUUCAGAGGAUAUGGGAGUGUCAACGCAUCUGCUGAAAACGACGGACAUACGUUGAAAUGGACAAUAGUUGAAGACGACCCCAAUCCUAUAGUAUCGGGUGGUCCACUACGCGGCAACUACAGCUUCAUACAGUUCCAUUUACACUGGCUGUCCGAACACGCGAUUGAUGGGAUGAAAUACCCCAUGGAAAUCCACAUGGUGCACAUGAAGACUGGCCUGACGGUGGAGGAAGCUAUAAAACGCCCUGACGGCUUAGUUGUUAUCGGGAUUCUAUGCCAGGUACAUAGCGGCGAAGAAAGUGAAGUUGCGUUGGGAGAGAUUGAACCAGUACUUCCGCAACUCAUAGCAAGAAGAGAAGGCUAUGCUCCCCCAUCCAUCAUUGAUCUAACACGCCUAUUUAGCCCGAACAUGCAGUCCUUUUACACGUACCACGGCUCUCUCACCACACCUCAGUGCCAGGAAGUGGUCACUUGGAUAGUGAUGGAUAAACCUCUCAUAAUUUCUGAUACUCAGUACAAACUGUUUAGCAAAGUCGACGUAGGUGGUAUCGACAACUACCGAAGCUUGCAGCCUUCUAACCGCGUUGUUUACCGGAGUGUGGCUUCAUGUGCAUCCAUCGCUGUGCCUGGAUCUAUCGGCCUUCUAGCCGCCUUUUUCAAUCUCUCUGCGUCACUAUCAAGCAUUGUCAGCAAAGGAGUCUGCACGAUGGUCAAUUUGAAACGAAAGUUCCUAGGAAAUAAAACCAAGGAAUGUACGAAAACAGAU